AGCGCUGCGCUUCGUCGUUGCAUAAUUAUUUUAAUUGAAAAUAGCUGUUAAAAGUUGUGUAUUGUAUCAAUGAAGGUUGUGUAUGUGUUAAAAGUUGUGCGAUGGGUGACCGAGGCAGAAAAUUAGUGCAACUAGCCUGCAGUAACAGGCUAGAAACAGUGGGAUCAGGUGGUUCUAAUAACAGAUUUUCUAUGACGGGACCUAGUGUUUCAACGGCAAACGAAAACAUAAGAUGUUACCUGCAAAACAAUAAUGAUGACAAUGACUCCUCCGAUCUUGAUGAAUCGCAAAUUGAUAUCGCCGCCCAAAUGCACAAUAUUGUCACCGAUGAUAAUAUUACGGCAGACUCAAAUGAUGAAAGUAAUUUAUUUGGCAGUGACUAUUCGGAUGAAGAUCCCACUUACGUGCCAGAUCCUAAGGACUAUUCGCCAAAGCAAAUAGAUUCCGACUCUGAUUUUAUUCCUGAAAGUCCGAAUGCUUUCUCCAAACAGGAAGACUUUUUUAUGGUGCUGAUUGAUGAAGUUUUAGAUCGAGUUUGGAUUUCUGUAGAAGGUGACUAUUCAGCAGCAGCUUAUGUUCAAGAUUCAGAUUCAGAAAACGAUACACCUCAGCAAAAUGAUUCCGGCCAUGAUAUUAUUAUUCCUGAAACUCCCAGCCCAUGCAAACAGCAGAAACGUUCCUUGUCGAUAUUUAACAACGUUUGUAGUUCUGGAGAAGGUGAAUGCAUAGAAAGUUCUUCUUCUUGUGUUCCAGAUUCAGAGGACGAUCCAUUAAAAGCUACAUUGUGCAUUAGUGUAGAUGUCAUCUCCGAUGCUGUAAAUAAAAAAGAUUCAUUAGGAUUGUAUGUCGAGGAUGAUAAACGUGGCAAGAAAAGCCCACCAAAUAAAACUAAAAUAGAAGAUGUUAAACGGGUCCAGGAUCACAUAGAGAGCUUUCCUGUAAUGGAUUCUCAUUACUGUCGUAAAGACAUAAAUGCUAGUUGUUUCAAUGCCGCAACAUUUAAAAAUGAAAAUGAAAAAGGUUUGCCUGCCGAAAAAGGAUUCACGCAGGCGUCGAAGGAGAGGCGGCCGCGCAAGGCGCCUCGCAAGAGCCAGUGUGGCACAGCGGAGCCAGAUAUUGCAUCUGGACUGAGGGCUGCCACGCCGAAUACGGCGCUAUACGUAUCGCGCCUGCAUGUUUCCGCCACGGCUGACGAUGUGGUGGAAUAUCUGCGCAAGAACACCCGUUACGAGUUGAAAGUGUUCCAGCUGCGAUCGCGUCAUUACGUGCACUUCCGCUCGUUUGUGAGAGGAAGGAUGAUCGAGGUGUAA